AUGGACGGAACAAACGGCCCGGGUUCAAAUCUUGAAGACGACGAAACUCUAGCGACGCCGCUGGGGAUUCGGCAGAAAUCGUGGGCAGACGAGGACGACGAGAGCGAGGGGGAAGACCAACCGCUCAGCACGCGGUCGAUGCCUUUGAAGGGCGGUGGCGGGGGGACCAGGGGAGGGCGGAAGCAGAUUGGCGGAGCGGAGUCGGAAGACGAAGGCGGAAGUGCGCGAAGGGAUUCGCGCGCGCGGGCGCAGCAGUGGCGGGUGGCGGUGGUGGCGGCGGAUGAUGACAUGGCGGUGGACCCCGCGCUGCUGCGCGAUUGGUUCAACGUCUGCUCCAACUCCAGGGCGCUCUCCGCGUAUCUACAAAAGGGUACGCGCAGGUCGAGGGUAUGCGCAAGGUAUCCGCAGUUCCAGGUUACGCCUGGCCGCCGCGGUUCGCCGCUGCGGCUGCGUGGCAUGACGAUCGGGCCGCAGGAACGCGACGCGGCGCGCAACUUAGUGUCAAGCGCGCACUUCUCGUGGAUGCUGCAAUACGCCAUCGAUUACGCCAUCUGCCGCUGCGCCGUCGCCGCUGAUGCACCACUGGAUGACUGCCACGUGGCAGAAGCAGCGCGAAUGUCCGAGUCCGCGGAAGUGAGCAGCGGCACGGCGAGACGCUCCGCGGUGGGGGACGAACGGGAGGGCGCGGCGGCGGGCAAGGCGGGUUUUGCGGACCAGCGCGGCGCGAUUCCGGCGUCUAUUUCCGACCGCUUCGCUGUGACGACCGACACGAGCGGGCGGAACUCCUUAUCGUCUGCGCCAGAGGCUGGCGGACUGAUAGCCGCGGAAGAUUCCCCGCAACGAAGCGCGAACUUAUCCGACAACAUUCCCCUGUGCGACUCGCAAUACAAUUCGGAUCGGUCGGGUCCCUUGGUCUCCGCGCGGGACGACGCUCGGUCGUCGCGUGCGAAGUCGUACAGGCGCUCUGCGACGCUGGGGGUGAAAGAAGGGAUGGCAGAACAGGAUGCUGGGAAAGGGAACCGGAAACGCACUGCCAGCACAGGGGGGGGCUCGGGUAGUGCCCUUUCAAGCUCUAAAACUUCCUCCUCUGAGUGCGUAGGUGCUACGUGUGUAGGAGGGUGGAACCGAAACUUUGAGUCGGGUGGUGGGACAAAAAAGACUGAUAACGACGAGUCUGGUUUAAAGUCUCGGGUUGCAGGAGGCUCAGCAGCAGCACGGGUGGAUAGAGGGUUGGGUGGAGCAGAAGCAGGCAAGGGUGCGUUUCAGAAUGUGCAGCAGCCGCAGCAGCAGAAGAAGAAGGAUGGUGAUGGGAAGGUGAAUGUGAUUGUAGAUGGGGGAGUGGCAGCUGAGGAUAUCUUUGGUUUCCUGCGUGAUUCCAGACUGACAGCCACUGUGGCAAAAGAGGGGCCUUUUGGUGCACCUCAAAAGCCGUUAUGUUCCAACACAGCAGCCCAAACACCGCAAGCAUUGCAACCAUUGCAAGCAUUGCAAGCACCGCAAGCAGCACUGCAAGCAUUGCAAGCACCGCAAGCAGCACCGCAAGCAGCGCAAGCAGCACCGCAAGCAGCACCACAAGCAGCGCAAGCAGCUCAAGCUCCUCCGGCUUCUCAGCCACCUCAGGAGCCACAGGCACCGCAGGACCCUCCGGAUUUGUUUGAUUUCCUUCGUGAUCCACGGCUUAAGGCCACAAUGCCAAAAGGGGGCGGCGCAUGGAUUACCACUGCAGCAGCAGGAGCAGCAGGAGCAGCAGGUGCAGCAGUAGCAGCAGCAGCCCCAGCAGGAGCAGCAGCAGAUGCGCCUCUUUCCUCCAGGUCGCCGUUGCACACCAACCUCCAUGUGGACGUAUCUGGGGAAGGUGCUAUCUGCGCUAGACAGGGGUCAGCUGAGAGGAUCUCGCCUAUGGAGAGGGAUGACAGAGGGAGCAGGCAGCACCAGGAUAGGCUAAUGCUUUCCAACCCUGGUGGGAGGAAAGUAUCUGCUUCUGCUGUCUCCGCAUCCGCUCCCACCUCUCCUAGAGCAGCAACCAAACCUGCCCUGCUGUUUCCAAGCCUCACUCCCCCUACCCACCUGUCGCCUUCUCUGGGGAAGGGUAGUCAGGAGGGUGGCGAGGGGGGGGUAAGGGAAGGCAUGCUGGGGGCGGAGUGGGGAAGGAAGGCUCAGGAGCAUGUACAGAGCGGAUUUUUGAAAGGAUUGCAGCAGGUGCCGAGCGGAGAGCAGCAGCAGGAGCAGCAGCAGCAAGGGAGGAAGAAGAAGGGGAUGGCGCAGCAGUCCACACGAGCGCAUCAAUCCCAUCAGCACCACUGGAGCUCCAAAUACGGCCAUUAG